CUGAUACAAAAGGCAUGAAACCUUGUCAAACACAACACCAAAUAUAACAAGAAAACAUUAAAACACACUAAAAGAAGAAGAAAAGGAACAAACCAAACCCUCUCCCCCCCCUCUCACACACACAAUGGCUGACCCUCUUCUCUCUUUCCUCCUCCUCCUCCUCCUCUCUCUCCUCCUCUCCACCACCACAACAACCACCGCAGAUGAUGCAGCCACCUUUCUAAAACUUGCCUCUGCCUUAACCCCAACACCAAAAGGCUGGUCAACAACAUACUCUAACGAUUACUGCAACUGGAAUGGUGUUAAAUGUGACAACUCCAACAAUGUCAUCUCCAUUAACUUAGCUACUCAAAGUCUUUCUGGGAUUCUCCCAUCUGAGCUUUCAACACUUUCUCAACUCCAAAGUUUGUCUCUCCAAGAAAACAAGCUCGCUGGUGCUUUACCUUCUCUUGCAAAUUUAGCUUCUUUGAGAGAGAUUUAUAUUGGUACUAAUAAUUUUACUAGUAUCCCUCAAGAUUGCUUUAAAGGGUUAACUAGUUUGCAAACUUUGAGUAUGAAUGAGAAUAUUAAUUUAGAAUUCUGGGUUAUUUCUACUGAUCUAACGGAGUCGUCUAGUUUAACUACUUUUGAGGCUAGCAAUGCUAAAAUCUUUGGUACUAUACCUGAUAUGUUUGCUUCUUUUCCAAGCUUGCAAAAUCUUAGAUUGUCUUACAAUAACUUAACUGGAGGUUUGCCUCCAUCUUUUGCAAAUUCUGAGAUCCAGAAUUUGUGGCUUAAUAAUCAGGAAAUGGGGUUGUCUGGUAAUAUUGAGGUGUUGUCUUCAAUGGAGCAGUUGAGUCAAGUUUGGCUUCAGAAGAAUCAGUUUACUGGGCCAGUUCCAGAUUUGUCAAAGAGCAAGAAUUUGUUUGAUUUGCAAUUGAGGGAUAAUCAGUUUACUGGGAUCUUGCCGGUUUCUUUGCAUUCCCUUCCUAGUUUGUUGAAUAUUUCUUUGUCUAAUAAUAAGUUACAAGGUCCGGUGCCUCAGUUUGGAAAAGAUGUUAUAGUUGAUAAUAGUGGUCUUAAUAAUUUUUGUGUGGAUACUGCUGGUGUUGCUUGUGAUCCACAAGUGACCGCAUUGCUAGAGAUUGCUGGUGGUUUUGGCUAUCCUGUGACGUUGUCUGAUUCUUGGAAAGGGAAUGAUGCCUGCAGUGGUUGGCCUUUUGUUUUCUGUGAUUCAUCCAAAAAGACUGUCACUGCAGUGAGUUUGGGGAAGCAGCAUUUUGGAGGGAUAAUCUCUCCUGCAUUUGCUAAUCUCACUGCUUUGACAACUUUGAAAUUGAAUGAUAACAAUUUAUCAGGUCCAAUUCCUGAUAGCUUGGCAAAGUUGUCCCAGCUUUCACUUCUUGAUGUAUCUAACAACAAUCUUACUGGGAAGAUCCCGAGUUUUGCUACUUCAGUGAAGCUAACCACUACACCAGGUAAUCCUUUUCUUGGGAGUGGUGGGGUUCCUGGAAGUGGAGGGGCAACAUCACCUGGUUCAGAUUCAAAUACAACUGCACUUGGAGAUGGUCCUAAUGGAAAAGGAAUUGGUGGUAAGAAGGUGAGUCCAGGUCUGAUUGCUGGAAUUGUUGUUGGUUUAGUGAUUGUUGGUGUUAUUGGCUUGUUCGUGUUGUUUAAGAUUAAUAUCAAGAAAAAGAGAGGGAAGUCUGGGAGAGUGAAUGAUCAAGAGAAUGGGGAUGGAAUCAGUGCAUUGGUUACAAAUGGUUCGUCGGGUUGCACGAAGGGUUAUGGGGUUCUCAGUGAAAUACAAAGUCAAAGUAGCGGCAACCAUAGUAGCCGCAACAUUUUUGAGGGUGGGAAUAAUGUAAUUUCAAUUGAGGUACUUAGACAAGUAACUGAUAAUUUCAGUGAGAAAAACAUUCUGGGCAAGGGAGGUUUUGGUGUGGUUUACAAGGGCGAAUUGCAUGAUGGGACUAAGAUUGCUGUGAAGAGGAUGGAAGCUGGGGCAAUGGGGACAAAAGGAAUGAAUGAGUUCCAGGCAGAGAUUGCAGUGCUUACUAAAGUGAGGCACAGGCACUUAGUUGCUCUUUUGGGUUACUGCAUAAAUGGAAAUGAGAGGCUCUUGGUGUACGAGUACAUGCCACAGGGGAAUCUGGCUCAACAUUUGUUUGAAUGGCAAGAACUUGGUUACCCUCCUCUUACUUGGAAACAGAGGGUUACCAUUGCACUGGAUGUUGCUCGAGGAGUAGAAUACCUGCACAGCUUAGCACAGCAGAGUUUCAUCCAUAGAGAUUUGAAGCCUUCAAACAUACUUCUUGGAGAUGACAUGAGAGCUAAGGUUGCUGAUUUUGGUUUGGUUAAAAAUGCACCUGAUGGGAAUUAUUCUAUGGAGACAAGAUUGGCAGGAACCUUUGGCUAUCUUGCACCUGAAUAUGCUGCUACUGGACGAGUUACAACAAAAGUGGAUGUAUAUGCUUUUGGAGUGAUUUUGAUGGAAAUUAUGACAGGAAGAAAAGCUUUAGAUGAUACAGUGCCAGAUGAAAGGGCUCAUUUGGUCACAUGGUUCCGCCGAGUCCUAGUCAACAAGGACAGUCUCCCAAAGGCAAUUGAUCAAACUCUGAAUCCUGAUGAGGAGACCCUAGUGAGUAUUUUCAAAGUUGCUGAGUUAGCAGGGCAUUGCACAGCUCGCGAGCCAUACCAAAGACCAGAUAUGGGCCAUGCCGUCAACGUCUUAGGACCUCUCGUAGAACAAUGGAAACCUACCAACCACGAAGAGGAAAGCACUUCUGGCAUUGAUCUCCACAUGAGCCUUCCUCAGUUUCUCCAAAGAUGGCAAGCUGAUGAAGGUACUUCGACAAUGUUUAAUGAUAGGUCUCACUCCCAAAUCCAAUCAAGUAUUUCGGGAGGAUUUACGGACACAUUUACUUCAAAUGAUUGUCGGUGACUGGAAAGAAUCUGUAUAUUUUUUUUUAAAGAGGACACAGGGAUCGUGAGUUAAAGAUUAAUGGGGAAAGAGAUAGGCUGCCAUGCUGUUCAACCCCACGAGUUGCGUGUAAACGUUCUGAUGAUCAAUAUCUAAAACGUACCACUGUUUUACUACAUUGAUUGAUUCAUUUUUUUUUUCCAAUGAUCUUACUUAUUAUAGAGCCAAACUAAUAGUCUUAUGUUAUUUUUUAUAAUUCCUUGUAUCUAACCAAUUGAUUUGGUUAUCCAGAUAAUGAGGGAUGUUGUAAUAUAUUUCUUCAAACGGUUCAUCAUCUGACUAAAUUACUUCUUGUCGGUUCUUGAUUA